CCUGAACCCGAAGCCCAGCCCGAAUCCAACAAGCCUAAGAAGCGAGACAGAAAUGACGGAUCUUUCCAAAGUCACUUCGACAUGCUACUGCGGAGCGGUCCAGCUGGAAUACUCCAUUGAGGGGGACAAUUUGAUUACCAGCUUCAUCUGCCAUUGCACCGACGACCGCAAGAUCACGUCCUCCGUGCAUGCUAGUAAUUUCGUCAUUAAAGACAACACCCUCAAACACGUCCGCGGGCAAGACAACUUGACCAAAUACGAGCGCAAACACGGCAUCACUACCGGCGACCAGAUGGAUAGCUACUUCUGCAAGACGUGCGGAUCCUUACUGUACAGAGUCUCCAGCGGGUUCCCUGGCACACAUAUCCUCAGGCUCGGGGCUGUGGAUGAUUUCUCGCUGUAUGAUGGCGCACUACGCCCGCGAGUCGCGCAGUUCUGUAAGGAUAGAGUUGCUUGGGCGGAACCUUGUGCCGAUGUUAGGCAGGAUCCUGAUAAUGUGCUGAAGCCGGAGUGAUUCGCAUAGUAUGCGCAAGAUGUAGUGAUUGGCGGGUGAAUACAGGUUGUCCAUUUUGGUAGAUCUGAAAGUCUGGCUGGAGUCGACUUUAUGGAGUGAGAUGUUGUCCAGCAGCGUUAUUAUAUAGGGUGACACGACAAUCAGCAUAUCAAUCAUGGAGUCUGACUGUUCUGUGGUACUGCC